AGCCGGGGCUGAGUGGCAGUGUGGGCACCGCGGCCCGGGACAGCAGCUUGGGCUCAGAGCCAGGCUUGUGGCUUCGCCUCUCAGCCUGUAUCUCCUCCCCUGUGGGAUGGGGACUCCAUGGCACCCCCAUGAUGGACAGGAUGCCAUGGGCCUCAGCCCAGGGCAGACCUCAGUGUCCUUCCUGUGGCCGCUGCCGGAGGUACGUGACCACAACACAGGGAGGGGACUCAUCCCCAUCAUUGUGCUGACGCCUGGGCCUCCAGAGACCCACCUUGAACUCCCCCAGGCCUUCCUGGGUUCCAGACGGGCCGGCCACGGGCGUGACGCAGCGCCAUCUAGCGGACAGCAGGGCCGCAGCGUGGACAGAACGGCCGGACGCCCCGUCCUGGGCUGGCGACUGAGGCACAGCCUCACAGGGCAAGAGGGCAUGCAACACCUGCAUCUUUCUGGCAUAAGAACCUCAGGAAAACCAAAGGAAUAUAAGGCUGUGUUCUUUGGAGCCACAGAAAGCUCUGUUCACAUGGCAGUCGCUGAAAGAUUAAGGGAGCCACCACCCCAAGUUCAAGGGGAUCGGUUUCUUUCUCCCCUGUUUUUAAAGAUCAUUUAAAAUGCCUAAAGACACCCUGGGAUCCAGUGCUGGACGAAUGAUGCAGGGCCACACAGAGAGGCUAUUGUGCGCCACUUGCUGGGUUAGGAACAGAUGGAUCAGGGCUUCUGUGCUGCCUCUGCCUGGUCCUGG